GUGGACUCAGUGGUCUUCCUUUUGCUCAGCUGGCACGGCCGGACGAAAUGAUGACAAGUGCUGACAUGGAGAAACAAACAAUGAAGGCCUCGAAGCCUGCGAUGGAAAAGCGACGUCGUGCGAGAAUCAACGAGAGUUUGCAGCAGCUUAAGGCGCUGGUUCUGGAUGGGAUAAAUAAAAACAAUUCCCGCCAUUCUAAACUAGAGAAGGCGGACAUCUUGGAAAUGACUGUCCGCUACCUGAGGAACGUCCAGCGUGAGCAAGUCAAAGCUUCCUUUGAGACGGAUCCUUCUGUCAUGACCCAGUACCGGACAGGCUUCGCUGAAUGUAUGGGGGAGGUGUCUCGUUAUCUGGGCAGUGCAAUGGAGGAGAACCCGGAGGUGCGUGCGCGCCUCAUCGGUCACCUGGCUGGGCUGUGCACGAGUACCAAUCAGCAGCGGCAGCCGGCUAGGUAUGCCGGGGUAAGCAACGGCCAGAUGCAGUCCCCGGGGACCGGCCAGGUACAGCCGUCGUCGCCAACGUCCAAUCGGGGGCUUGUGGUCGUAAACGCUGCCAGCUCGACCGCGCCGAUCUCUGCAGCCGUCCGUCAUCACCAGACACCGCCGUUGCAGGUCUGCUUUCCGACUCCGCCGCUGUCCAGCGGUGGUCCGGUGUCGCACCAAGCGACCUUCAUGACCUCUCCGGCCGUGGAGGGGACCAGGACUGGGGGCGGUUCCCAGGUGCGCGGUCCGCAUGCACCUCAACUUCAAAGUCAGCGGCCGUCCCCGGUGAAGGGUGCCGGCGGCGACUCAUCCUCCGCGUCAAAACCCGAACUGUCAGGGUCAGAGGUCAAACUGCCUGUGAUGGCUGCCCAGAAUCUACCCAGAGAAUCAGCACCGCAAGCCGUGCAACCGGCGGCCAAUAUGAUCACUCUUAUCCUCCCCAGCCAGUCCCUUCCAGGCGGUCAAGUACCCACACAUCUCAUACCCGUCUACGCCCAAGAACCAGGGAAGGACGCGACUCCUUCCCUCGGCUUCUCCUUCGCCAGCUCCAACACCGUCGCCGCGACGACUUCACCCCGGGGCACAGACAGUGGCGAUACCAGCCCAAGGGCGUCGACCGCAUCCACGCCAACUCCCAAAGCUUCGCUCACAGCGCCCUCUACGGUCGCCACCGGCCAGCCGGCAGUGUGGACGGCCAUACCUCCGCCGGCUGCUCAGCUCGUCUCGCCGCAUGCGGGAGCUGUCGCACCAACCGCUCUGGCACCACCGUUUACCUUCUCCCUCCCCUUCAACGCCAAAGUCUCGCCGCCCGGGAUGGCCACGCAGGCUAAGCACCCAACAGAGCAGAUGCGCCAUCCCAUUCGAUUUCCAGGGGUGUUUGCUGUAAGCACCGAAGCCUCAGGGGACACUGAUCCAGUUUGGAGACCGUGGUAGAUGAAUUUGUGAAAAUUGUGUGUGAUGAGUAAUUUUGUUUUACACUCUGUUCUUCGAUACAUGUAUUAUUUUUUUUCACAUGUUCAAAAUAACAUUGUAUUAGGUUCUUGUUGACGUAUUUUACAAAAAAAUGCAGGUGAUGAAGAGUAAAGUUUGACUGUUUGUUAUUCACAAAUUUCAAGAGGCUUUGACAUUUAUUAUGCAAUGGGUUUACCUGUCGACCAUUCGUAACGCGCAUUGGGUCGACAGAUUUCGCACAUUGCGAUGGGCCAACGCGUUGCAAACUCUUGGAGGCGCGCUAUUGUGAAACGCCCGUGCUGAUCACGUAUACCAAUUUCAAAACCAAAAUGAAAUUCCAACAGUUCAGUUUAAAUGUUGGCCUUCGUUUUUUUGUCCUUGGUACUUGUGUUAGAAGUUUGUCACAAAUAGAAUGAUGGCGUGUCCAGCUGCUCGUUUGGAGUCACAUAACUUUCUGUUGGCAGGGUUUUAGGGGAGGGGCAUGGCACGUUGAACCCCGUUUUGCAUCUGACAAAACAGCAAAUUGGCGUGCUCGUGAUUCUGAUCGCCUGUUCAAUCAGAACUCUUGUGAUGCAUGUAUUUGUAAAUGUGGUCUGCCAUCUUGCUUGUCUGUUCAAGCGGCAAUACCAUUUUUUCACUUUGCAUAUUAAAUUAUGAUUAGUCUUCCAUUGGGAACAGUUUAGGAGCUAUUUUUGUUGUAUAUAUUUUGUGAUAUACUAAAAUCAGAUCGUAUUUUCCUACAAUGAUAAAGUUAUUUUGCAAUGGAUUGUUAUUUUUUAAAUCAGACCUAUUUCUGCCUGAAUUUUCGGGGGUAUUUAUUAAAGUAAUGAGAUGAGUCGGCAGAUUGGAGAAUCCAGCCUGCUCUUAUCCUUUUCUUAGUGUGUUUGAAAACACAAAGAAAAUUCAGAUUUAGUUGGAGUGCUCGUUUGUUGUGUGGACUAUAAUUUGUGUUUUGUGUGUUUUUCGUGAGGUGGUUAUGCAAAGCAUAAAAAUAAAGUGUUUCAAAAAGUACGUA